AGAUGGAUACUGAGUGGAGGGAUAUUGACGAUGUGUUCACUGCUGUUGCCGACAUUGUGGAGGAAGCCAAAGAGACAGCUCUCAAGCCGCUGAAGGAGAGGAGAAAAGUUGUCAAGGAAGAGGCGAACGGCAUCAGAAAGGAGUUGGAAGCUGAGAUCAACAGCCUUGAGAAAACCAUCUCUGAGCUGGACAACAUAUCUUUGCUCGAGGAUCACAUCCUUUUCCUGAAGACUUACCCGGCUCUUCAAGAGCUGGACAACCUCAACGACUCAACGGGGCUGGAGCUCGACACCUCGCUGUCUUUUGGCACCUUGAGGAAAACCACAGCAGCCAUGUUGGAACAAAUUCAACGGAAACUUGAGAAGCUGACCUCCACCGAACUUCAGAGAGUUCCAAAGUUCCGAGUGGACGUGACGCUGGACCGGACCACCGCCCACCGACGCCUCGUUCUGUCCGACGACGAGAAGGAAGUGAGAGAUGGCGGGGCGAACCGCCAGUUCCUGGAGGGCCUCCAGGACCUGGCUGCGAGGCAGACCUUCGCCCUCGGACAGCUGGGGCUAGUCACUGCCUCCCAGGACCCGUCGGAGCUGCCGACCCCCGAGGCCCAGGAGCCGUCGGAGCUGCCGACCCCCGAGGGCCAGGAGCCGUCGGAGCUGCCGACCUCCAAGCCCCAGGAUCCGUCGGAGCUGCCGACCCCCGAGCCCCAGGACCCGGCGGCGCUGCCGACGACCCAUGUUCCCCGGGACCCAUCGGCGGAAGGCCGACCCUGGUUCCCCGUGACCCGAUGCCGCUACCGACCUCUGAUCCCCGGGGCCCGUCGGCGGAAGGCCGACCCUGGUUCCCCGUGACCCGACGCCGCUACCGCCCUGAUCCCCGGGGCCCGUCCCUGCCCCGUCCCCAUCUCGGCUGGCUUCAGCUCAACGUCCCGGUCGACCCCACACUGUAAGAAAAAAACCCGUAAAAAGAAGGUCAAAUGACUGGCUACGGCUGCCAAACAAAAACCGUAAAUUUAAGGUAAAAUACCUUACUUCAAAUAAAGGACGAAAACCAUAAAUUUACAGUAAUUUUCAUUAAAGAUUUUGCAGUGAAAUACUGUUUUUUUACAGAUUUUUCCUGUAAUAUUACAAUCAAACACCUUAAUUAAAGUGAUAUUUCUAUAGGUUCUGCAG